AUGUCCACCCGCUAUGCACGAGUAGCUGACAAAGCCACAAAUGAGAAGAACUCGAAGGUGCUGAAAGCUCUUUUACAAAAACCAUCCAAUAAGUACUGCGCCGAUUAUGCUCGAUGGGCUUCUUGGAAUCUUGGCAUUUUCAUAUGCAUUCGCUGUUCGGGUAUACAUCGUUCCCUUGGCGUCCAUAUCAGUAAAGUAAAAUCUGUUGAUUUGGAUACGUGGGUACCAGAACAAGUAGAAAAUAUGGUACGCUGGGGAAAUGAGCGAGCAAAUAAGUAUUGGGAGGCUAGUCUCAAAGAUAGAAAACCAACAGAAAGUAAUAUGGAGAUGUGGAUUCGUGCCAAGUAUGAACAGAAAAGAUGGGCAAUGAAAGGACCUAUUCCUGAUCCCGAAACUCUUGGUGGUGAUAAUGAUAUCGAUGACAGCGUAUCCGUUAGAGUAACUACAACAUCAGCCGAUUCUUCUCCUGUGGCUCAAAAACAACAGCGUUCAGCGAAAUCGAAACAAUCAGAGUUCGCGAAUUUGGAUGCUUUCUUGGGGUCUCCAUCUCCAUCUUCUGUAACAAGUGACAAAACAUCGAGCACUAACUCUUCUAUUGCUGUUCAGCAGCUUCAAGGUGCUGAUUUUUUUGCUAAUAGUAAUUCUCAGAAAGCGAAUGAUGCUUCAACAAGGCAACAACAACAACCAGCUGUAGAUGAUCAAACUAAAAAGUUGAACGAUAUCAAGUCUUCCAUACUAUCACUUUAUAGCAGUAUGCCUGCUGCACAAGCCCCGACCUUCCAGCAGCAGCAACAGCCAUUCUUCAACAACAAUAACGCCACUACUACUGCAAACUUGACGAAUCAAUUAGCAAGUCUAAAUUUAGGACAAGCUUAUGGUCAAACGACUCCAAAUACCAGCAAUAGCAAUAAUGUGUGGGGCUCAUUUAUGAGUGCUUCAGCACAUUCUCAAACUCAGCAAAAUCAGCCUCAAGGAAGCCAAUUCUUUUCGUCACCCAACAUUACUUCAGCAGCAACUGAACCCGCAAAAAAAGUUGAAAAGAAAGAUGUUUUCGCAGAUUUAUUAGGCUGA